ACUGGCGCAUCCCUUGUGCUCUCCUGCGGUAAAGGACAGUUCAACCACUUUCGCAUCGCCGACAUAUCCAGUACAGUACCGCCCACCGCGUGCUUUCUGCAUGACUGUCGCACUGCCUACAUUGAGGGUCAACUCCGCAACACAUCUGAGAUUCCUGUGCACAAUUGCCUGACGCGUACAAGUUAAUUGGAUCAACUAAACAACUCGCAAAGAUGCCCAGCAUGUGGCUCACAGAUCUCCAAAAGAUCGGAGUGGCUUUCUGCUCAGGAGGUGGAUUGUUUCUGUUUGGCGGUGUUUUGAUGUUCUUCGAUCGCUCCAUGCUUGCAAUGGGAAAUAUUCUCUUCCUGAUCGGUCUCACGCUCAUAAUCGGCUUCCACAAAACGUUCAUGUUCUUCGCCAGACGUCAGAAACUCAAAGGAACCGCUGCUUUCAUGGCCGGCAUAUUGCUGAUUUUGAUUCGAUGGCCGUUAACUGGGUUUCUGAUUGAACUGUAUGGGAUAUUCGUCUUGUUUGGCGAUUUCUUUGCAACCAUUGCCUCGUUCGCGGGCAACAUUCCAAUCGUUGGUCCGUAUAUUCAGAUGGCAUUACAGUCGAUUUCAAGCGGGAGGAGAAAUGCCGAGUUGCCAGUAUGAGGAGAGGGUUCAAGCUGCUUGAGCAAAAAUAUCAAUCAGACUUUUGAUCCGAAUGCGUCCAUCAACGCAGUUGGUCAAUCAAAUCACCAGCACACGAUACACGGUCUGGAGCCAACCAAGUUCGCAGACAAAUUGAUGGUGCCAUCGAUCAAAGAGACUCGCAGAUUCCCAGGGGCUGGUAUUGAACGUCAGAAGGCUGAAAGACGACGACGACGGCCAUGCCGCUCUCCAGCUAUAAACCAAGCAGACGGCCAGCCAUGAGCUCAAGUCCGAGAAGUGCGGACGAAAGGACGGAAUAACCAGCCAUAACAGCCAGAAACGCAGACCAAGAACGAUUUCAACAAGGAGAUUGGGCCACCUCGCAGAACCCGAUAUUUCAAGUGGACGUCAACACUUUGCACACCGUCCGUACAGGGACUACAGUUCAAGGCUUGGAACGCUUAUUGUUAUUGUUACAAAUGGAGGAAUUUUCCAUCAGUUUGGCACCAGAUACCUGUAGAUACGGUACCGCGCCAGAAGGACCAGGACCAUUUCCGAGCCAUUGAUGAACCGCACCGUCCACCCUGGCUGUCGAACAUGACCGAAACCAUCGCAUCAUGGAAGGAAUGAUGGAUGGGUUGAAGCUGAAACAUGGUCGUGGAAUCGUGCCAUUGAUGUCAAGGCUCGAUAGAAGGUUAGAGGAUGAUCAUACACGGCCCAUUCUAACGUGUUACCAUAUCAAUGAUUCACCUGAUCGUGUCAUGUCAUCGAGAGGCUCCUUCCAUUUUCCAUUAUCGAUCAAUCAAUACCACUGCAUUCAUUGCUCGAUGCAAACACACAUGCACGCAUGAGGCACGAAGCCGAAGCCGAAGCGCAGCUGAAGCCCACCUCACCUCAGGGACCUUAUUCAGUCCUGUCCUGGCCAAGUUGGGGUUCCCUUCCCUUAGAUAACCACCAUAAUCAAGAAAUGUACGAAUCAACGAAAAAGAAAGUGUCAAGAUAAUUUUCUCAUCCUGAUCAGAUCAGAUCACCAUAUUAGUAUGCUCUACUAGUAAGUAGGCUUACUAGUACGCUGUAUCACCCACACACCCACACUCACAAACAAUAUCAUUCCAAGGUUAUAUUCAUUCCGAC